AAUUAAAUGUGAAGUCAAUAGUUUAUCGACAUGCUCACAGUUACAUCGUUGUUAUAAACGGAUGGACCUAUUGUGAUAAGCUCGAGCUAAAAUGGAGGUGUUUUUGUGGACUUUUGUAGCGUUUUCUGUUGUAUUGAACCGUGUGACUGGCAGCCACGUUCCUGAGAACUCCGGAGUGUGCUUCCCACGGGGAUUCGCAUUCGGCGUCGCCACUGCCUCUUAUCAGAUAGAAGGCGCUUGGAAUAUAUCAGGCAAAGGUGAAAGCAUUUGGGACCGCUACACUCACGCGCAUCCUGAGCGAGUGUUCGACCACAAUAAUGGUGACGUGGCCGCCGACUCCUACCACCAGUGGCGAGAGGACGUGGCUCUCCUCAAACACCUGGGUGUUAGCUUCUACAGGUUCUCUAUAUCGUGGUCCAGGAUACUGCCUAGCGGGUUUAGCAAUGAAGUCAACGAAGACGGAAUAAAAUACUACGCGGAGCUGAUAUCAGCGUUAGAGAGCAAUAAUAUAGCACCAGUGGUGACCAUGUACCACUGGGACCUGCCUCAGCCGCUGCAAGACCUCGGCGGGUGGACCAACCCCAUAAUGGCUGAUUACUUCGUUGAUUACGCUACAGUUCUAUUCGACAGAUUCAGCAGCUCCGUAAAGAUGUGGAUUACCUUCAAUGAGCCCCUCUCCUUCUGCCACGACGGGUAUGGAGGGGACGACGCGCCUGGCGGGAGAUCCAGCGGGAUCGAAACUUACAUGUGUGGACAUAAUGUGUUGAGAGCUCAUGGGAAGGUGUACAAGUUGUAUCAAGAUAGAAAGAAGCAGAACAAAGCUCCAGGAUGGAUUGGCAUCACCCUAGACAUGCCGUGGAUGGAGCCGGCGACCACAGCCCGCGAAGAUCAAGAGGCAGCUGAAAUUGCGAGGCAAUUUAUAUUCGGCUGGUUCGCUCACCCAAUAUUCUCAAAAGAGGGCGACUAUCCAGAAAUCAUGAGGAAACGCAUAGAUGAAAAGUCCAGAGUCCAGAACUUUGCCCGUUCCCGUCUCCCGCAUUUCACUGCCAACGAGGUCCGGAGUAUCAAGGGUUCUUUCGACUUCCUUGGCCUGAACCACUACACCACCUACCUGGCUAGCCCAGCGGAGUCACACAGUCCUGGUAAAGAACCAACAUUUGAAGACGACAUGGGUGUGAGGAUAACUCAGAAAGAAAAUUGGCCUAAAUCCAAUUCAACUUGGUUGAGGAUAGUACCUUGGGGCUUCAGACGGGCACUAAACUGGAUCAAGACGAGCUACAACAACCCGCCGACAUUAGUCACAGAGAACGGCAUCUCCCUCGCACCAGGCACCCACGAUCCAAAAAGAAUCAACUACAUUGACAGCUAUUUGCGCGCGCUACACGACGCCAUCUUGAAAGACAAGUGUCAUGUGAUCGGAUACACGUACUGGAGUUUAAUUGAUAAUUUUGAGUGGAUGAGAGGGUUUUCCGAACGUUUCGGUCUUUACCAAGUGGACUACACGUCUCCGAAGCGCACGCGCACGGCUCGCCUCUCCGCAUCUUACUUCGGCCAAGUAGCGAAUACGUUGUGUUUACCCGAGAAUUACGUCGAAUAUACUGUGACCAACUAGACAUGAAAGUUUUACUCAAAGACCGUGUUUAUAUGUAUUACGUUAUAUACAUUCCAAGAACUUUUCGAUGUAAUGCCGACUACACACUAUGGCCGAACUCCGACUCGGAUACACACGCGAAUAUUGCGUAGUUAGAAGUUUUUUAUUUACCGCAAAGAAAAACUAGCAAUGUAUUGUGGAAAUGUUCGGUGAUAGUAAAUAGCGGGCAUAAGGUAUUGAUUGCUAUGUGAAAAAGAAAAAACAA